GGGCGUUUAGUUGGAGCUUCAGUGCAUCACCUUCGCCGAAAGAGGCCCUUUCUGAGAUUUGGCCGAUGGACUAAAACAAAUCUAUGUUCUCACGCUGCCUAUGGGGCCGCGCACCGCAAGUACGAGCCUGGCCACUUGCAGAGCAGCGAGUGCCGAGUGACUCGACUCCGUGUUCCAGCCACGGGCUACACUUCGUCACUGUGUCAGUUUCGAGCAAGUAAGUGUUAGUUUUUAUUGCAUUUGACUCUUGAGUUUCUGUCGGCAACGUGCUCACACGCAUGGCGUCCGUGGAGAAUCUGUUCGGGAUCAACCAAACUAACCUCGACAUGGACGUGAGUUGUCGAUGACAGCCUUUGGCACCGUUCGUUGAGCAGGUUCUUGCUCGAAAACACCGUUCAAAAAAAGUCACGAAGUUUUUGUACACGGAGGAAGUAAGUCAUUCGUAGUGGAACAGCAGUUUUGGCCCUAAGACUGCAUGCUAUCAAACAUGAUGGCAUGCAGAUCUCUGUUGGCAUUAUCAAUUCUGCUGAUCUCAGCCGCCGCUCCAGCACUCUCAGGCAGCAACCAGCUGAAUGGCAUGUGGAAUGCCUUCAAAAGCUCAAGCCAGUCCGUUACCUACGGGAAGGAUUUCGUGGUGCUGUCUGGAAACGGAUCAACAGUCGUCCAUGAAUGCAUCCCUUCCGAUGAUGAAGAAACUAUCGUAGUCUCAUCAUUCAGCGAUCCAGCCGUCGGCUUCAACCAACCGGUUCACCUGCAUAUGGCUAUUUCCGUGGACGCUACAGUUGUUUUUAACUGCCUGGAGACCGGAAACGAUCCGUAUGUAUCUGCCUACGUCAAUGGAACGCUGCCAGAAAUUGAACUGCGUUUUGAUAAUGUCUCUGGAGCCAUGCAUUACAAUAUGCAAGAGAAGGUUCCAACUAGCAAGUUAGGCUCUUCCCACUUUCAUGCGGACAUCCACGUGAAUGUGCCACCAGGUCUCCUUCUGAAAGGCUCAGUUGUUCUGCUAAACCAUGCCCGUGCAAGGCUUCACACCAGCCAGCAAGAUGUUGACUCUUGCCAUUUUAGGGAUGUACUGUCCAGUGAGCCCAGUAGAGCGGAGGAUCUCUGUUCAGAGCGGCUACGUCCAUGUGAACAUCUCUGCAUGGUGAACACUGGGCUUUGUGAAUGCCGAGUGGGAUUUAUUCUGGAUACAACCGAGCCAUCACAUUGCCUUGAGACACACAUCGUGUCUGUGACCAUUCCAAGAGUGGCAAAGUCGUUACGUACAUACAAUGUUGGCCACAGUGCCAUGGAGGAACUACUGACAUACCAGCUCAAUGUCACGAACAAUGGUGGCGUACAUCAUGUCCGCGUCAGACACAACACUAUGAAUAUCACGACAGUUGAUACCGCCACCGAGUCGGCUAUUACAAACGCUCGACGACUGGUCCGGGUUUUGAGCAACCCACAGCCGCGUGCGUCUGUGGCUGGCAUUGACCUGGAAAAACUCACCUCUAUACGGCUCGUCACACCCGUUGGACUAACCAACAGGUUCAAACGCCGGACAUGCCAACAACUAGACGACGUACUGGAAGAUCUUGUCUCAGGAUUAGAUCUUGCCAGGUUCACUCUUCCAUCCAAUAUUUCGAUGUCAUCCUUGUGCCCAGCCGUAGAUGAAAUUGUCACCUCUGUUGGGAAAACAAUUAUUCCUAUUCCGCUGCCCGACGACAUUGCCAGCUCAGUUUUGCCUGGCUCGUUUCAUCUCGAAAAUACGGUACUAACCCUCCAAUUGACGCUACACGGAAGCGGUGAUUUGUUGCGUUUGCCAUCAGUGCUUCACACGUCCUUGACAGCUACUGCAAACUGGAUUGUGGGCAAUAAUACGACUGUUGCCAUUUCAAUCAAUUAUAACGUCACCAGAGGGGAAGCGGUCAUGAAUGGAAAGGCUUCCAGUUUCAGCAUCGGUGAUAUGCUAUCGAUCAUCUCAUCAGAUUUAUCUGCUUCAACUGGGCUUGAUGAUGUAGAAGGCGAUGAAGUUGGCUUUAAGGUCAUCUUUAACCGAGACAUGCCAAUGACGUUUUACUUUCGCGUCCUUAUCCAGUCUGCCCGGAAUCUGACUAGAAAUGUGAUUGGCACUGCUGACCUUGGACUAGCAGGGCUACACAAUGUUCUGCAAUCUGGCGGCCUGCACUCAUUUCAUGUUCUGAAUGCAGAGGUAUUGGCAACCAACGCUGGUGGUCACAUUUGCAUGCAGAUCACUGGCAACCCGGUCCUGGCUGCCUUUGACAGGCUAAACAUGUCAGUGUUGCUCCAGGCAUGUGACAUCUUAGAUGCAACCAAUAGAAGAGUGGGAUUUUCGUUCUCGAUAAAUGAAGGCAUCGCGCUGCCAACUGCUAUCAAAGGAUUCAUACCUGAAUUGGAAUUCAACUCAUUACCAGGAAUUUCAACAUUGCCAUUAUCAGAUUUCUCAAUUUCUUUCCAGACGACAGAAAAGCCCGCUGGAUUUGAGUUCCCUACUUUCCACCUGCCAAAUGUCAAGGUACCUGUGCUGAAAUUGAAAGAUCCCAGGCUCCAGCUACCAGGGAUCUACUUUCAUGCACAUUUCGGGUCAGAGCUUUACGCUGUGCCAGAAUUGUUCUCUCUCAGUGGUGAACUUGGCAUCCAGCAACCACUUUGCUUCAUCAUGCAUAAUGGAGGCGAUGCAUCAGCAACACGCCUUAAUGAAGUCAUCCAAGUUCUGUCACCCCUACUAGAUAUCGCCAGCCUCGAAUUACCAGAGCCUUUUCAUAACCUGCUGGAAGCUGAAGUCCAGGAGAUAUGUUACAACGAAAGUAUAAUGGCAUUCAAAAUGACUUUUCAUUGGCCAAAUACAAUCGAGAUGGUUCCUAGCAAGCCCGGUUACCUGUCACUUACUAACACUACAGUCCACAUUGUCUUGGAUACCAGCAGCUCACCUGCAACGUUCAGGUUCUCAGCUGAGUCUCAAGCGAUUCUGGGUUCUCUUCCUCUGAAGGUAAAGUUUUCCCAGGAUCAGCGGGGCACCUUCUCUGCUACGCCACUCGAACAGCAGUUAACAAUCCGUGAUAUUUCGGACUCAUUCGAUGAUAGCAUCGCCGGCCUGUCAGAUGCUUUGGACAACUUUCAAAUCUCUGAUUUGACUCUUUCCAACCUACACAUCAACGCAUUCAGGUACCCAAAGUUGAUGCUUCAUUUCACCGCCACAGUGACUUAUCGACGGCUUCCCACCGUGACGUUUGAACUUGUCAUCGACCAGCCAUUUACUUCAUUUACUCGUACUGCUCUGGGCAUUCAAACAUCAGAAACUACGUUGGCCGAUGCACUCAGCUCUAUUCUGCCAAGCAUCUCCAUUUCGCAGAUACCGUUCUUUGCAGACUUGACUGUACCGUACGUGGGUAUUCUUUGGAUGUCUCGUGGCACUGUCGAUGGCAACAAUAUCCCAUUCGUCAGCAGCGGUCUGAAAGAGCUUUCCAGGCACAUGAACAAUGCCACAAUGUCACUCUUGAUGCCAUUUUCAAUUCCACACAUCGGUCAAAGGAACUUUGUGGCACAAAUUAGUGACUUCUCCUUUGAGUUACAGGCCCAGAGUUCUGACAUAAGCCUUCAUGACUUUGCGAGGUUUGCUUUUCCUGACAUCAGCCUGGCAAGGAUUGCGUUACCGGAUGGACUCCCGGGGCUCAGCGGCGUGUUUGUCGAUCACAUUCAUGUGGAGAUUCCUGCAAAAAGGGUCUGCGUUGGGGCCUCGGUAGCUGGUUUAACAUUCAACAUCAUUCCAAGUGUGGUGACCUUGCGCAACAUACACUUCCGUCUUUGUAUCAGGAAUGAUGGCGUCCGUACCCAUCACAGUCUAAUGGUACAGGGAGAGAUGACAAUCGGCCCUGUGACCUCAGUUGUAACAAUCCAGAAAAUGGGAGAUAAGAUGGAAGCAUCAACAACCAUUGCUCAAGUUCUGUCUGUCAACGACGUUAUAAACUCAUUUGGAGCAUCGUUCAUUCCUGAAGGAAAUGUGCUGUCAAGAGUUCUCGACCAAAGUGGAUUCAACAGCUUUAGUCUAAACAAUUCUGUGAUUAUCAUAGUUCGUGAUGGCCAAGGGCCAGCCAACGUUUUCAUCACCAGUGUGGCGGAGAUAGGUGACCUGAGAGGCAAAGUUGAGAUCGUAUAUUCUGGUUUCGGGUUGGGUGACCCAAAGGCAGCUGCUGUAUUCAACCUGACUGGCAUUUCACUACCUCGCAUAGUCAAGAAGCUGAGUGGUGUGCAACUCCAUGGCUUGCCAUUUCUCAGUGAUCUUGUUCCGCCAGCUAUAAGCUUAUCCAUGGCCAGUGAUGCACUUCGUGAUCUCCCAUAUGGCUUCACCUUCACCGAUUUACUGGGGCUGGACUCCGCAAUCGCAAGGGGCAUCACGUUGCAAUUUCCACAAGAGAUAGGAGGUCUGCGCAAAAUCUUUAGACUGCCCUUGCGACACGAUGGCUUUGAAAUCAACAUGAACAAACUCCCAAAGCUCAACGAGAUCUUGUCUCACCUCUUUCCAGGAGUGGAAAACUUUGAUAUCUUCAGAUCACUUUCCAAUAUCAUUCCUGGCGUGUUUGACCUCCAGUUGAGUCGCUUUGCGUAUGAUGAUAGCGUUCGGAAUCUGACAAUUGAAGCCUCUUUGAGCAAAUUCAACCUUAUUCCUAACCUACUAGAAAUUUCUAGUUCAACAGUCAGAGCCACUAUCACAAAGCCACCGUCUACAAAUGGACUCUCAGUAUUGCCUAACUCUGGCCUUUCUCUAUCAAUUGUGGGAACAGCUAAACUUUUCACCUUGCCACUCAACCUGGAAAUCACCUACGAUCUAACUACGCAAUCAUUCAAUGUUCGCAUGACAUCUCCUGCAGGAACUAUACUUUUCAGCAAAAUAUUUGACCUGAUAGGCUCCGAUAUCAUGAACCUUGUCAACCCUGUCAUUGAUGGGCUAGAUCUGCGCCAAUCCUCAAUCCUCAAUCCAAUCUUCGAGGUGAAUCCCCUAUCUGGUGAUCUUGUAUUUCGCAUCAGAGGAAGGCCUACCAUGAGUGGGUUUGGACAAUUCACAGUUGAAGCUCUAGCCAGCACUUCACCACGUCAGCUACUUCUUACACUCAGCGUGAACGGUUUCAGCUUGGCUAAGAUGAUUGACACUCUCACAGGCUUGGAUAUAGCGAGAAUUCCAUUCCUUGGGGUGCUCCGGGGAGAAUCGGACAUUGGAAUCACUUUGAGUGCCACAAAUGUUCCACGCAUUCCAUUCCCAAUCCAGUCCUAUCCUCUUAGUGAAGAAACCAACAUCGACAAAGGACUGGGCCUCGUAGUGGCCUUCAGACUGCCAGAUGCUUGCGGCAUUGAUCCCAUAUGCAAAUUCAGCCGCCUGAUAAUAGGUGACCAAGCCAUACUAUUGCGUGCAACUGAAAUCACCGGUCCUCGGGUUAGAUUGGGCUAUCGGCUGCCUAAAAAUUUGAGGCUCGGACCGAUCAAUUUGUACAACGUUGACUUUGGAUUUGAUCUCCGCAAUUCAGCACUGCCCGCACUAGCUGGGCUGACUAGUAUUGAAACGGACAUCCCGGUGCCAUUCGGGGGAAAAAAGCUGCACUUCAAGGGUACAAUGUUGAUUGAUUCAGUCUCCAAUUUUGAAGCAACGCUAAGAAUGACCGGAAUCUAUGAACGAGCUUUCGGAAUCCCAAUAUUGGCUUUCGGGAAUGUAGACCUCGGGUUCAGAACCCAUCUGCCAUGUCUCGCCUGCUUCAGUAUGCUUCGCUUUGGAGGGGAGAUUGCCAUUGGACGAAACUGUUACACUGGGAACAUAGACAACUGCAUAGUUACUCAGAGUAUAUUCAGUGUGGAUGCCCUAAAUGCUGAUGACAACUAUUUCUUCUUCUCACUCAACCAGCUGAGCUUCUCCAAGUUGCUAACAUCUCUUGGAUUUCCUAAUAGCCCCAUAUUCAAGCUUGUUGACAUAGUCACCAUCCGCGGCGUGGAAUUCUCUUUCUCACCAAUCAACCGAAAUAUACCAUCCGGUAUCUUGCCCGGCGGAAAAAAUAUCAAGGCCGGCUUGGUUGUGAAAGGGACUGUCAACAUCCUGUUCUUUCUGAAUGUGAACAUUGACAUCACAGUAGGCAUGGCAAAUAAAGUUCCUACAUCUUUCACUGCUGCGGUGUCUAUCAACCCGAUCACACUCGGACCUCUAGAAUUCACUUCUGCCAGUAGUUCACGGCGAGGACCAAAGUUUGUGGGUCAUGCCAGCGUUGCGCCGCCGAAAUUCCACUUCAUCAUGGAUGCCCGUCUGGUCAUAUCUCCACUUGGGUUCUCUACUUCAACGGAAGUCAGGAUCGAUACAAGCGGAUUGUUUGUACGGCUUUCUGGCAGUGUAUUUGGUUUCUCAGCUUCCUUCUCACUUACUGCGCAAUUCGGAAACAUCCGAAAGCCAACAUCCCUCGUCAACUUCCAUGUGAAUGGUUGCUUCAGCACGAACCUUGGAUCAAGACUUGUACAUGGCGUCAAGGGAGCGUUGGAGAAAGCUAGGAGCGUUGUUGGGCGAAACCUUGACAGGGCUGUGUCAGCACUUCGCGAAGUUGAUCGGAAGUUAGCACAAGCAGUGGAUUUCUUCAAUCUAAAGAAUGGUGCUGAGGAAGCGGUCAACGAAGCGCUGAGGAAGGCAGGGGCAGGAGUCCGCGAUGCACAAAGUGCCAUCAAUAAGCUCUGCAAAAUACGUAACUGCAACAGAAAAUUGAAAGUCCCUAAGCCAUGCAUUGUCCAGAGGUGCAAUUGUAUCUUGCCAUACCCAUGUUGCAGGCGGUGGCGUUGCAAAAUUUGUUGCCAGACAGUGUGCGUACCACUACCAUCUUUUUGCGGAUCGCAUAGCGUGACUGUUCCAGAUCCUAUCUGUCUAUCCAAGAAUGUUAUCUGUCAUCCCAUACGUGCUGCAGCCUUCUUGGUUCGCAAAGGCGCUGAGCUGGUACUAUCAACAGCUAAGGCAGCCGUGAGUGCUGCUGCUGCUGUCACUGAUUUGGCAAGCAAGGCAGUAAAGAAGGCCCGGAUCCUGUCUCGCUCAGCAGAAGUCGUCAAAUCUGGCAUCCAAGUAACAUUUGAUGCUAUCACUAGUGCCAUUACCGCUAUAUUUACUGCCUUUAGAGUCAAUGGAAUUUGUUUUGAUGUUGGAAUUGGCUCAGUGAUUGGUGCUCGGAUUCGUGUGUCAUUGGAAUUGGUAGUUCUUGGCUCUACUCAUAGGUUCAGUGCUACUAUUAACCUGAAAAACAUUUUGGACUUUGCUCGCAACCUUGCUCGUCGCUUCUUUAAACGCUUUUUCUAAAUCUCCCUCCUUAUUGAUCUCUGGCAGUCAAUUCAUCCGCCUUGCAAUCUGUUCAAUGUCUCCUUCCCUUUAUUUUCGCAAGUUCUUCAUGCUAUGCUUUGGAUUUAGAGAUGUUCUCUGCUCAUUGCGGUGUACGGGUAAGUACCUUCUCUUUGUUUUAUACUCAAUGACGCUUCGAAUAAUUCAAAAAAUUACAAUUUUUUACUUUUUCCGCAUUUCCCGCUGGAGGACAUCACUCCGUAUGAUCAUUGCAUUGAUUUGUCAUCGUGCUCUACAAGCAAAAUGCCCGCAAUGAAAAUGCUUGCUUUUGCUUCACUUGGUAUAUAGAGUAAUUCCCAAUAACUCUAUACGUUUCCCGUUUAAAUCUUUGAGCCAAAGUUCUGCCUCUUCCUCUAAACGUGCUAUUCAGUAUUGGGUUGCUAGUGUUUUUAAUAUUAACCUGGUAAAAGGCAACACAAUGUUUCAUUGACCCA